AUGUUCCAAUGCUCGCAGUGCGAUAAAGCAUACCAAAGAAAGACGCAUUUGUUGCGCCAUGAGACCACACAAACCGUAGGUCGAUCUAUUUCAUGCCAGGCUAAAAAAGCAUUGCUGAAUCCAAAAAGGGAAGUCACUCGAAGGCAUAGCAAGAUAUGCGCCAAAAAAAAAAUCAGCCGCUGCCUCCUCCAGCUCGACCUGGCAGGAAGCGGCUGUCUUGUCAGGCAUGUUUCUCAGCAAAAGCAGCUUGCGAUCGAGGCUUCCCAUGCUCCCGUUGCAAGUCCUUUGGGAGGACAUGCAGCUUCGAAGUAUCUCCUGACACUCCUUGCUCUGCACUCGUCUCUCCUUCAACGACCCCUUCACCAUUAA